GAUUUCAUGUUGAUUCCAUCAUCAUCAUCAUCAGUUCUGAGUGAACGACACGACACACAGCCACACAGAUAUUUAACUGGAUGGCUGUUUCAUAGCUAUUUAUUGUGUUUUAUAUAUAUACUGCUUGUGUAUUUUUGCUAGAGUAGUUAAAUAGAGCUUCAUAUUUGUGGAUUCCUGAUUUCUCAAAUGGAUUUUCCUCCAGAGAUCAGUGUUUUUAUUCUGUCUCUGACAGCACCUUUUAUUCUCUACACAAUCAACCAUGUGUCCUUCUUACAAGAUCCACAGGUUAUAUUGGCAAUAGGUAUAACGGUUCUUACAACGAUAUUUCUCCUGGCAAACCUCAGCGUCAAGAGUAAACAAUCCACCGACCCUCUCUUCUACGUGUUUGCUGUGUUUUCAUUCACCUCUGUUGUCAGCAUCACCAAUGCACUGCAGCACCAUGGAUUUAUCAAGGGCUUCAUGGACUUUUAUAUAAGCAAGGGGGAGCCGUACCUGAGCACAGCCCACGGCAUCAUGAUGAGCUUCUGGGACGGAGUCCUUCACUACGGUCUGCUCCUCGUCAUGGUCCACCGCAUGACUGCAGGCAAGCCGUUUCGCAGUUUGGCUCUCGUAUGGGCCGGAUCCAUGAUGGCCAGUCAGAUCGUCUUAAUCACAGGCAUUGUAGUAGGUAAAUAUGGAAAAAACCUCCUCCCUGCUUUCUGGAGAAACGCCCCUUCUUGCAGACAAUCUGAAGUCCAAACCAUAUGGGCGGCGGCAAAGCUCUUCAACAGGCCGAGAGAGCUGUCAAUCAUUCCUGCAGACAAGGUGGAGGUGGAGCAGAAGAAAGCGCUGCUGUUUCGUCCCACAGACCUGCUGCUUACGCUGGGCCUCAUAGGAAGCAUCAUCUUCACUGCGUUCAGAGGCGUUGUUGUUCUUGAAUGUUCUCUGGAUUUUUGUUUUACCUACAUCUUCCAGUACGAGCCGUACAUGAAAGACAGCGUCGGCUUUCCUAAAGUCACGAUGCUAGUGUUCCUCUUCUAUGUUCUGCCGCUCCUGAUGGCUUGUGUUUAUGGGCUUCACGCUCCCGGAUGCACAUGGAUGCUGGACUGGACUCUGGUUCUUGCAGGAGCUGUAGCUCAGAUGCAGUGGACUCACCUGGGCUCGUCUGUUCACUCGCGCACACCGUUCACCUACAGGAUCCCCAGAGACGAGUGGAGGCAGGUGGUCACGCUGAACCUGCUGUACACAGCCGUGCCCGUCCUCCUCGCUGUCCGCUGCUACAUGGACCAGACCUUCUUCAUGAAGAGCGUUCCUCAAGAGCAGGCCAGCAACGGCAAGAAGAAGAAUUAAAACAUGCACAUGCACGUGUCCUCUUUACAGGAGAGUGACGUGUUUCAGAAGAGAGACUGUGCUGUCAGCUGAAACCGGCAGGGAUUAUUUUGUAAAUGCAUCAAUGUAUCAGUGACUAUAUCUGUAUCUGCCAAUAUUAGUGGUUUUGAAAUGUCCAGCGAAGCCUUUCCGUCUGAUUAGGCUGAUCCCAGCUAACGGAAAGAAGUUCUAAGACGUUCCCAUCAAGUUCAAACGUUCAAAACGUCCAGUUAAAAAUGUUACGUUAAUGGAACAUUCCAUUGUAUCACUUUGCAACAUUAAGGAAAUGUUACUUUUGAAUGUUCUAUGAACAUUCUAAAUCAAGCAGUAACAUUUUAAAAAAAGAAAAGACACUACAAAGUUCCAUUAACGAUACAUAACUAAAGUUUUUGUGCAAACAUUUUGAUAACAUUGUUAAAGACCAGAACAUUUUUAACAUUUUAUUGAUGUUACUGCAAGAACGGUUUUUUUUUCAUAACAUUAAGAGAACCUUUUCAGAACGUUCUGAGAACAUUCCCUGCUAUUAUAAGCAGAUACAAAUAUUUGGGCUUUUUUUUUUUUUUUUUCAAUUCAAGCAAUAAAUUCUUUUUCUAUUCUAGAUUAUAAAAUAUUUUUUCGUAUAUAUUAUAUAUUCGUAACAGUCAUGCAUUUUUUUAUGGUCAGUAUCAGUAUGAUUCAAAUAAUAUUAGACAGAUGCAGGAUUUUAUUUAUUUUAUUAUAAGCAUGGUACUGCUUGUGAAAACAAAAAAGGGCAAAACAGUAUGGAUUUGACAUAUUAAUAUUGACCAUGACAAAAUAAUCGUUGGUUUAUUGGUAUCGACCAAAAUGUCAGUCAUCUGUUUUUCUUUUUCACUCGGUGUUUUGUAGCUUUGUUCAAGUGUAAAGUGUGUGAAACAGUUCAAACUACUGAUCUCAGCCAGGUUUAUCUCUGGUCAGUUGCUGAAAUCUCAAUCAAUAUGGACUCUGGACUAGUUUACAUCACUCUCAGAGACGUUUGAAGGCCGUCGCCGCUCAGGGUGUGUCCUGAUCGUGUCUGACUCUCUGUGUGUUUUGUAGUUUUUUACUGCGAGGACUGUAUUUCAUUCACUAGAAUUAUUUUUAACUAAGUAUACGUUAUUAAAACAAUACCUGAUUGGGUGAAUCACACAAAAAAGACUUAUCCGGGAUGAGAUAUAGGAUUGAAAUUAAAAAUGGUCUUGAAGUAUAAAGCUACAAAUGAUGUCAAAUGUACAAAUAUGACCUGAACAUGUUCUUGGCAGAUUCACUCAAAUGUUCUGAUGUUAAUGAUUUUCUGUGUUGUAUAGUUUUUCCCCAACACUUUUCUGUGGUACGUGUGCUCUUUGCCUGUCAUGAUCCCUCAUAUCUCUUGUCUUGUGAAAUUCGUUGUUUAUUAUUCUUCACGUUGGGCUCUAAAGGGAACGCCGGGGCACGAGUUCAGCGGGGAGAUAUUUAUAGCAUUGCAACACAGUGAAACAAGAUUAAUUUAAUGAUAUAGACAUGAACUGAUCUGUCACAUUUCUUCCUCGUCUGAUCAAAUCUCUGACCUUUGCUCUGUAGCUGAUGACAUCGUGUUGCUGGCCCAGUGAUCUUUCACACAGAUCAAUGAACUGAUUACAUCACUUUUAACACUGUCUCUGGGAUAAGAUUAUAAUUGAAUGAAAUAAUUUAGCCAUUAAAAAUCAUGAUGUCAUGCUGCAUUAUUUAAAAGGGUGGGAAUAUUUGCUCUGACAAUGAUUUGAUUUAAUUCAAUUGCGAUUAAAAAGAUGACAUUUU